CAAAGUCUUCUAACAUGAGCUAUCAUUAUUCACUCAAGCAUAUCAUUGUCAUGCUCACCAUCACACUGCAUUCUGCACCACCAAUAAGAGCCUUUGGAUGUGCCAAGUGUUUUCUAACUUAUAAGAACAGAGAAUAUGCAAACUGCAUAGAACAAGGAGUUGUGGAUUUAACAAAAUCCAUUCAGCAUCUUCCAAAUCAAACAUUGUGGUUAAAUGUAUCACUAAAUUAUAUUACUGUAUUAGAACACAAAGUUUUCUCACACUUACCCAAACUUCUAGAACUUCGGCUGAAUAGAAAUCAAAUUAGCACAAUCCAUUCUGGAGCCUUUUACAAUUUAUCCUAUCUUUAUUAUCUGGACCUCAGCAAUAAUUUAAUACAGUCAUUGCAAAAUGUCAGCAUAAAAGACUUGACACGCCUACACAUCCUUCACCUUAGCAAUAAUAAGAUAAACACAAUAGAAAAUGUACAGUUUAAUCCUUUAAAGGUUUUACAAGAACUUGAUCUGUCUUUCAAUCAAAUUUCAGAUUUCAGAUCUGUGGCUGAAGGACUGAAACACUUGAACAUGCUGUACAAUCUGAAUAUGAGCUCCAAUUCUUUAGCUGAUUUACGAAGUAACAAAACUCUGUUGGUCCUAUCAUCACUGAACUUUUUAGAUCUAAGCAAGAAUUUGAUUUCAGUAUUAGAUCUUAGUGAAUUUGAUAUGCCUAAUCUAACAGGCCUCAGUGUGAUGAGAAAUAAUAUGUGUUCAAUAAAUGGAAGUGCCUUCAAUAAUGUACCUAACUUAUCAGAUGUUACCUUUGAUGAAAACCCUUUAAAUUUAUCAGUACUUCUUCAAACGGAAAUCCCCAACUUGACUGAACUUCACUGGUCAAGCAUGAAACCUGCACUUGACGCUGACCUUUCUAUUGCUUGCCGGGUUUUUCAGUCUUUUCCCAAGUUAAGGAUGAUGGAUAUCAAGCAUUCAAAGAUCUGUGGUUCAAAACUACACAUCAUCGGUGGGUGCACUAACCUAACGUCACUUAUUCUUUCAACAAGUGCACUUGAUCACCUAGUAAGCUCAGAACUUCAGGCUUUCAAGUACCUUGAAGUUUUGUAUCUUGACAAGUGUAAACUCAGAAUGAUUCAUAACACUACAUGGAUUGGUUUGGAAGCCCUUCGUACCUUAAUCCUUGAAAGAAAUGUUCUAUCAAACUUACCAGAUUUCUUGUUCAGUCCUUUAAUCAAUCUUCGGUAUUUGGACUUGUCAAAAAAUCACUUAACCUACAUCAACAAAGAAGCAUUUAAAAGUUUACAUAAAUUAACUCACCUUAUUCUGAGAAGCUGCCAAAUUACAGGUAUUAACCAUGACAGUUUUUAUCAUUUAUGGAAUCUCAGGUACCUGGAUGUGCAAGAGAAUAUCAUAUCACUGGUGAAGAAUAAGUCUUUUAAAAAACUGCACAGGCUUCAGACACUUUUAUUGUCAGGCAACAACAUUCACGCAAUACAGAAGUUUGGAUUAGAAGGACUUAAGUCAUUGGAAACUCUUUCUUUAUCUAAAAAUACCAUUUACAGAUUAAAAGAUAAUAUUUUUAUCUUGAUACAUUUGAAUAUAAGCAGAAACCACUGGUCUUUCAACAAAAAAAACUGUACCAGACCAUUUGAGAUGCUUAAGGUCUUAGAAACUUUGGACAUAAGCUACCAGGUUCGUCGUUAUGACGACAGUGUCCCAGAAACACUGUUUAAAGGCCUGGGUUCCCUUAAAAAACUUAACAUGAGAGGUAUUCCUGUCUCUUUUUUCACAAAUGUGUAAUUUUCCCAUAUAACAAAUUUGACUAAUUUGGAUUUGUCAAAAUCCUUUCAAAAGUCUGAUAAACAUUCCAUCGUCGAGUUUAUUCACAAAUUUCCCCAAUUAAGACAUCUUACCCUUGACAACAACAAAAUCAAACACCUACCAGAAGAUAUGUUUGCUCAUUUUACAACCUUAGAGAAAUUAUCAUUGAGGAACAACAAACUUAGGAACAUUAGUCAGAAACUUUUGACACCUUUGACUAACUUAAGUUAUUUUGAUGCCUCUAUGAAUCCUCUUUCCUGUUCCUGUGAAAAUUAUUGGUUCCAGAAUUUGUUACAAUUCAACACUGAAGUUCAAGUACCCUUUAUACUAUCAUACAGCUGUUUUGGCCAAGUAGCACUUGACAUGAAUUUUGUAAACCAGGACCUCAGCUUUUGUGGAACUGAUAUCUCUGUGUUCUUUUUCUUUGGAAGCUUUAGUUUAACUCUGCUCUUCAUGGUGACAAGCCUUGUGAUGAUGAAGCUGAAGUGGUCCAUACAUUACUUUUACUACAUGGCCAGAGCAUGGUGGCAAUGGAAACUACAAAAGGAGGACAGAAUUUACAAGUAUGAUGCUUACAUUUCAUACUGCUCUGAUGAUGAAGAGUGGGUCAUGAAGGAAUUAUUAUUCCAUUUGGAAUGCCAGGGCAGAAGGAAAUAUAAAAUAUGCUUCAAACCUAGAGAUUUUAUUCCUGGGGUUUACCAUAUUGACAACAUUCAGGAUGCCAUAAAUAAUAGUCGUAAAACCUUAUGUAUAAUCAGCAGAAAUUACCUUGAAAGCCAGUGGUGCAGAAUGGAAAUUGAAAUGGCUUGUUCUAAAGUCUUCUACCAAAGAGAGGAUGUACUGCUUGUUGUAUUUUUGGAAAAUAUUCCAGAUUACAGACUUUCGGCCUACCACAAGCUAAGGAAGCUGAUCAAGCAGAAUACAUACAUUGACCUUCCUGAAGAUCCUCAGGGCCAUGAAUUGUUCUGUUUCAAGCUGCGGAAAGCAUUAGACAUUGGUGCAUAUGAAGAGGACACUAUAAAGCUCUCUGUGGAGAACUGACCUUGUUCAUGCUAUAAACUGGACUCUUAUAAUACAUUACAGUUACACAU